GGACCAAACCAGGCAGGAGCAGGAGCAGGACCUUUAUUUUGUUUCCCUCUGUUUCUCUCCAAUGUUGUCAUCUACGGGUGUUGAAGAAGAAUCCACAAUCCUCAACCGGGUUCCAUCCUCCCUCUCCUCUAAAUCAUCAUCUUCUUCCUCUUCUUCAUCGCCUUCGCCAUUGAUGCCCAAAACCAUGGAGGAAGUUUGGAAAGACAUAAAUCUUGCCUCCCUUCACGACCACUCUACUAACCCCAGACUACAGACCAUCCCUCACAACUCAAACUUCAUCCUCCAGGACUUUUUCGCUCGACCCUUCACCAAAGACCCACCGUCGAGUACUCACAGGGAGUCCAAUCUGUAUGGGACUCCAGUUCCGCCACCUCCGGCCACUGCUUUAAGCUUGAACUCCGGUCCUGGCUUCGAUUUUCUGGAGAACUCGCGGAUACAGAGUAACGCCAUUUCGAAUUUGUCCGUAUUCAAUUGUCCCUUCGAGGCUCUGGCUUCGUCUGCUAGUUUGGCUUCUUUUGGGAAGAAAAGGGUCCCAGAAUCCGAUAACAAUUCCGGUGAUCGGCGGCACAAAAGGAUGAUGAAGAACAGAGAGUCCGCUGCCCGGUCAAGGGCUAGAAAACAGGAAAUGCAUCUUUUCCCAUUCCUUAAACGGAAACCGAUUCUCUUGCAUAUCCUCAUUCUGAAAUCACGUUUGUGUCUUUUUUUUUUUUUUCCUGUCCCUUCUCUUACAGGCUUACACAAACGAGCUGGAAUUCGAAGUGCAACAGCUGAGGGAAGAGAAUGCGAGACUCAAAAGACAGCAUGAACAGUUACGUGUAGCGGCAGCUGCGCAGCUUUCCAAAAAGCCCACGCUUCAACGGACGUCAACCGCACCAUUUUGAGGAAACUCUCUCUUUUUUAGAAUGAAUCAUGAAAGUAAGGUGUAAAUUUUGGGAGGGUUUUGUAAUGGCAAAAAUGGGGUGAUUUUGGGUUUGUAUGAAAAAGGUGUUUGUAAGUGUUUUUUUCAAAAUUAAGAUGCAGGAAGAAUUUCAAGUGAUGGGUCUUUGUAAGAUUCAUGUCAUACUGUAGUAAUAACUAUUUUUCUUCCUC